AUGCCCGGUCGUACAGUCAGAAGCCUCAAGGACACUUGGAGAAACCUCCGUGCUGAGGCAGCAGCCUACCGCAGUGAUAAGAAGGACGACAAUGACAGCGACCAGGAAGGUGCAGUAGAAGCCGCUGCUACCGCCAACGGUAGUCGCAGUAAAAAUAAGAUAUCCACCAAGCCAACUGAAUCCCCCCGCCGUGGUACCCGUCGGAGAACUCAGAAGAGAACAUACUCCGAUUGGAUUAGUGACGAUGAUGAGGAGGAUACGGUCUCCGUCAAGAAAGCUCACCUUUCGUCAUCAGACGAGAAAGAGGUGGAAACCUCUAAAGUAGACGCUGUCGCCGUUACCAAGAGCAAGCCUGUCCGUUUUACUAGGGGUGUCAAGAAGGGAGAACCGAAGGUCAAGCUCGAGGAACCUGUGGAUGACGACGGUGUCGAAUUUGAAGGUGAGGCAUGA